GCCAUUUGAAUAUUGCUAAAAUUCACCAGCAAUAAAAACUUUUUAUUUUAGUAAUAUCCCUUCAUCUGAGGCCACAUGUUUUAUGCUUUCUAAUUAUGGAUUUGCAUACCCAGUCAGACCAAAUAACUUUGAACCAUACACAACUGCAAUGGACAUCAACAUCUUUUCAAAGUGCAGAUGAAGUGUUGAGCGUUUCGUCUCUGGUCCCUUCCACAGUCCUCACACUAAUACCCAACUGUAACAACAUUACUACUGGAAACCCAUACUCUGCAUUUCCAUCUUCUUUCAACGUAACAGAAGAGAAGAAAUAUCCUGAAACAUUUAGUUCAGAAUUUUUAGAAACUUACAAUCAGGAAACCACACCUACUCCUAAUGGCUCUAAUCCUGCAGAGGUUGAGCAGAGAAAGCCCUCAGAUGGACAGCCGCUGGAGGACAAAUCCAUAAUUUUAAUGUUGCCCAAGGAGGAACAUCAUGAGGAAACAGAUGGAAACUGUCACGCACUUACAUCUCGUGAACUGCUUGCAAUAGUGGGAAUCCCACUUGGUAUUAAAUUGGUCAUCAUUUCUGCUCUCCUAGUCAAGUUCCUGGCAUUCCCAUCUGAGACAGAUGAAUCACCUCCUUCCUGUGAUGCAGGAGGGAGCUGUGGUGUCCCAAGUCAAGUGCCCUUUCUGUCUAAGAACCCAGCCAACCAGACAGGAAACAUCACUGCAGGCUGCCAGGUUGCGGUCAGUGACCGGCAACGCAUUGUGGGUGGGACCCUGGCGUCGGAAAGUAAUUGGGGUUGGCAGGUCAGCAUGCACUGGAGGGGGAAACACGUCUGUGGAGGUGCCAUCAUCUCUCCCCACUGGGUCAUCACUGCAGCUCACUGCUUUGUUGAGAACAACAUGUUUGAAGCAUCAGACUGGUUGGUGGUGGUGGGUACAGUGAGCAUCGCAAACAACUCCCCUGGGAAACGCCACCGAGCCCUGCAGAUUCACCACCACCCUCAGUUUAACAAGCAAAACAACGACUAUGAUGUGGGAUUGCUGCGCACCAUCACAGCCAUGGACAUGACUGGUGGGGUGCGGCCAGUGUGUUUACCAAGACCAGAUGAGACUUUUGUCCCUGGGACGCCCUGCUGGAUCACAGGCUGGGGAUUUACCCACGAAGGAGGGUUUGUAUCAGAAGAUCUACGACAGGCUCAGGUGAAGGUAAUAGCUAGGUCCGUCUGCUCCAGCCUGCCUGUCUAUGGGGCCUUCAUUACUCCGCGCAUGAUUUGUGCUGGUAGCCUCCCUGGGGGAGUGGAUUCUUGCCAGGGGGACAGUGGAGGACCCCUGGUGUGUGAGACUCCUAAUGGGGACUGGAGGCUGGCAGGGGUGGUAAGCUGGGGAGAAGGCUGUGCUCGGCCCAAUAAACCAGGCGUCUACAGCAGAGUCACUCACCUGCUCCAGUGGGUUGAGAGAGUCACAGAGAUCAAACCGGAAGUAUCGAAGGAUGUCACGACAGUUGUGAAGGAGACUGGGUCAUUAAUCAAUUCCUCUCUGGAAUAAGUAACAAUAAAGAUUAAAUAUAUUAGAGAUCUGUCACUCAGGUUGUUGGUCUUAUCAUUAAACACACUUGUUGUUAAGCUGAUAUAAUAGAUAAUAAGGCUUUGUAGAGUUUUAUCGGCAUGGCAAUGAAAUGUAGAAGAAGCCAACAGAUAUGACCAACAUUCUUUAAUAUUGUCUGACACUUUUCAGUUGUGCAAACUUAUGCAAUGGAAAGCAAUAAAACACAAAUAUUUAUAGUAAUAA